UACUCGCUUGGUUAAAGUUCCUUUCUUUUCUUAUGCUUCCUCGGUUCCUUAGCUCUCUUGUUCGGUGGCUGAAAUCUUUGAUCUUGGGAUUUGAUAUCAUUUAUCCAUUUGGCUUUACAGGUUAUUGUUGCUUAACUUGCACGUUGUUGUUUUUUUAGUAUUAUCAUUUUAAAGCUCCUUGGGUGUUUCGGAGGCGGGUUAGGAGUUCCUUCAAUCGGGGACGUAUUUUUUUAUUCUCUGCAAUACCGUUGCUUGUUCAUCAAAAUAGGGUUUUGGGUUCCUUGAUUAUUGGUCAAGGGCUUUGAUUUCUGGUGGGGACUGGGUAUCUCAGUGGUUCUACUGGUAUUUAUUACCGCUUCACUUUUUUAAUGCUCACUGUUAAUUGCUUCACUUGCAAGCUGUUGUUUGUUGGUCCUUUUGUGGUUUCUGAGGUAUUUUGAGAUGUGGGUAUUCGUUUUCUACAAGUGUCGGUGUUUGUUGAACACGUUCAGAAGUAGGGUUCUGGUGGGAUCCUAAAAUUACUGGUCUAGGGAACUGAUUUCUGGUGGGGAUUGGUGAUCUCAAUUGUCGUGCUCGAAAUUCUUGCUUCAUUUGCAAGCUGAAAGUUGGGGUUUUUUUGGUGGUUCUUUUGGCAUGUGGGUAUGCAUGGUUCUUCAUUUGGAUUUCUUAUUGCUUCUGGAAAGCAGCGCACGCAGAAUGAUAACAGGUUCAGCUAAGUUAUUGGCUUUACUUUGAGCUUGAAAAUCUCCUGUGGUUUCAGUAAUGGUGGUGCUUCCGUAUUUUCCAAUGACUUUCCUCAAAUGGCUAUGCUUGGCUUGCUUUCUUUAUUCAUCUUUGGGUCUGGAUAACCCAAACCCAUCCUGUGAUCCACAUGAUCUGUUGGCGCUGAAGGAAUUUGCAGGAAACCUCACAAAUGGGUCCAUUGUCAGUGCCUGGUCCAAUGAAUCCGUUUGCUGCAAAUGGCAUGGUGUUGUCUGUGACAAUAUGAACGGUAACUUUUCAGUUGCUAGAGUGACCAAGUUGUUUCUCUCCCAAAUGGGUCUCGAAGGGACAAUUUCAAAUUCUCUGUGUCGAUUGGACCAGCUGAAUUUGCUUGAUCUUUCGAGCAAUCAUCUCAAUGGUGAAUUGCCCCCAGACCUCUCAACCUUGAAGCGGCUGGAAGUUCUUGAUUUGAGCCAUAACUGUCUAUCAGGACCAGUUUCAGAAGCGCUUUCUGGUCUUGAAUCCAUUCAAAUACUGAACAUCUCUAGCAACUCAUUCAAUGGGAAUUUUCCGGGACUCUGGGGAUUUCCAAAUCUUCUUGUGUUCAAUAUUAGCAACAAUUCAUUCACCGGCCAGUUAGAUUCUCAUAUUUGCAGUUCCUCAAAUGGGAUUCAGAUUCUUGACUUAUCGGUGAACCACUUGUUGGGCGGUCUUGAAGGCUUGGACAAUUGCAGCACAUCUCUGCAACAAUUACAUGUGGAUUACAAUUCACUUUCAGGGCCUCUUCCUGAUUCCUUGUAUUAUAUGACAGCUUUGGAGCAACUCUCGGUGUCUGGGAACAACUUCUCUGGCCAAUUAAGCAAGAAACUGAGUAAGCUCGCUAGCCUUAAAGCCUUAGUUAUUUCUGCAAACCAAUUUUCUGGCAAACUGCCAAAUGUGUUUGGGAACCUUACAAAUCUAGAACUGUUAUCUGCACACUCGAAUUCAUUUACUGGGCCAUUGCCAGCCACCCUUGCACUCUGCUCAAAGCUCAGAGUGCUGGAUCUUCGCAACAAUUCGUUUGUGGGUCCUAUUGAUCUUAAUUUCACUGCUUUGCCCAAUCUGUGCACGCUUGAUCUUGCCUCUAAUCAUUUGUCAGGGCCUCUUCCGAAUUCCCUAUCUAGUUGUCGUGAGUUAAAGAUUUUGAGCCUUGCUAAGAAUGAAUUGACUGGCUUAAUCCCUGAAGAUUUUUCAAAUCUUGCAUCGCUGUCAUUUCUUUCAUUGUCGAAUAACAGCUUUGGGAACUUAUCGUGGACGCUAUCUGUGCUGCAGCAUUGCAAAAAUCUCACCACUCUUAUCCUUACCAAGAACUUCCAUGGUGAUGACAUUCCUAAAAAUGUGAGUGGAUUUGAGAACUUGAUGAUUUUGGCGCUUGGGAACUGUGCUCUGAAAGGCCAAAUCCCCGGUUGGUUAUUGAGUUGUCAGAAGUUGCAAGUUCUGGACUUGUCUUGGAAUCACUUGAAUGGCAGUGUACCGCCUUGGGUUGGUCAGAUGGAGAGUUUGUUUUACUUGGACUUCUCAAAUAACUCUCUCACAGGUGAAUUGCCAAAAAGUUUGACUGAGCUUAAGAGCCUCAUUUAUUUAAAUUUUAGUGCCCCAAUUCGUACUGCUUAUACUGGUAUUCCACUCUAUGUAAAGCGAAACCAGAGUGCUAACGGUCUGCAAUACAACCAGGCCUCAAGUUUUCCCCCCUCAAUAUACUUGAGCAAUAACAGAAUAAGCGGAAUGAUAUCCCCUGAAAUUGGGCAAUUAAAAGAGCUACACGUUUUAGAUUUGAGCAGAAACAACAUUACAGGGACCAUCCCUAGCUCCAUUUCCGAGAUGGGUAACUUGGAAGUAUUGGAUUUAUCAUAUAAUAAUCUAUAUGGAUCAAUCCCACCGUCAUUCAGCAAGCUCACUUUCUUGUCAAAGUUUAGUGUGGCAUAUAACCACUUGCGUGGAGCAAUUCCAAGUGGAACACAGUUCUCAAGCUUUCCCAACUCGAGCUUUGAGGGCAACCUGGGACUUUGUGGGCAAAUGUAUUCCGCUUGUGCCUUUGGGGAGGGGAAUACAGGAAAACCUGUUAUUCCAUUGGGUUCAAACAGCAAGUUUGGUCGAGGCAGCAUCUUUAGCAUAACAAUCAGUAUUGGUUUGGGAGUUGCUGUGCUACUUGCAAUUGCUCUGCUUAAAAUGUCCAGGAGGAAUGUGAAGGAUCCAGUUGAUAACCUUGACGAAGAACUCAGCAGGCCACGCCGGUUAUCUGAGGCUCUUGGGCCUUCAAAGCUGGUACUCUUUCAGAACUCAGAAUGCAAAGAUCUCACAGUUGCAGACUUGCUGAAAUCUACAAACAAUUUCAACCAAGCAAACAUAAUUGGUUGCGGUGGAUUUGGUCUGGUUUACAAAGCCAACUUUCCCAACGGGACAAAAGCUGCAAUCAAGAGACUCUCUGGGGAUUGUGGUCAGAUGGAACGUGAAUUCCAAGCUGAAGUGGAAGCCCUAUCAAGAGCUCAGCAUAAAAAUCUUGUUGCUCUUCAAGGUUACUGCCGAUAUGGUAGUGACAGGUUAUUAAUUUACUCCUAUAUGGAGAAUGGAAGUUUGGAUUAUUGGCUGCAUGAGAAUGUUGAUGGGGGUUCAGUUCUAAAAUGGGAUGUAAGACUCAGGAUAGCUCAAGGUGCAGCUCGUGGAUUAGCUUACUUGCACAAGGGUUGUGAGCCAAACAUAGUUCAUCGAGAUGUAAAAUCUAGCAACAUCCUUUUGGGUGAAAGUUUUGAAGCUCAUUUGGCUGAUUUUGGUCUCUCAAGGCUACUGAACCCUUAUGAUACUCAUGUCACUACGGAUUUGGUUGGAACUUUGGGCUAUAUCCCUCCUGAAUAUAGUCAAACUUUAACGGCGACUUUCCGCGGUGAUGUUUAUAGUUUUGGAGUUGUUCUUCUGGAGCUUCUUACUAGUAGAAGGCCCGUGGAAGUUUGCAAAGGCAAAAACAGCAGGGACUUGGUGUCUUGGGUGUUGCAGAUGAAAUAUGAGAAGAGAGAGGAGGAAAUUAUAGAUUCAGCAAUAUGGGAUAAGGAUCAUGAGAAGCAGCUAUUAGAGGUGCUUGUUAUUGCCUGUAAAUGCAUAGACCAAGAUCCAAGAAAGAGGCCCUCUAUAGAACAAGUGGUGUCAUGGCUUGAUGGUGUUGGAUUUAAAGAUGUACAACAAUGAACUCCGUUGGUUUAUCUCUUCUAAUUGCAUGUCCGGAUUCCCAGAAAAGGAAAGUAUACCUGUAAAGAAACAUUGUCCCACCUUCCUACAAGGUCGGAGUGAGUUUCAACGAGUGACUGACAGAUGACCUUGUAUACACAGGCUAUUUGGCCAUUUCUUUCCCCUGAAAUAAGCAUUUAUAAGAAUUUCUAAAUUA